UGUUGUAGUUGUUCCGGCUGGCACAGCAGCUUGAUGCCAAUGUAGCCUUAAAUCAUCAUUAUCUCAGAGGAGUACUUCUGUUUCAGUUCGUCUAAAGACUGAAACUCUUGUAAAACAGCUUUUAAAAAGGCUUUACUAGAUUUAAUCCAAGCGCUGCACGUAAUGUUGGCCACCGGAGCAGCUGUAACUACAGCACUGGCACAAGUGGAUAGAGAAAAGAUCUAUCAGUGGAUCAAUGAGCUGUCCAGUCCAGAGACCAGGGAGAACGCCCUCCUGGAGCUCAGCAAGAAGAGGGAGUCAGUACCAGACCUGGCCCCCAUGUUGUGGCACUCCUGUGGCACCAUAGCAGCCUUGCUGCAGGAAAUUGUCAACAUCUACCCAUCAAUCAACCCCCCCACCCUAACAGCACACCAGUCGAACAGAGUAUGUAAUGCCCUGGCACUCCUCCAGUGCGUAGCCUCCCAUCCAGAAACAAGGUCAGCUUUCCUGGCUGCACACAUCCCACUCUUCCUCUACCCAUUCUUACAUACAGUGAGUAAAACGAGACCAUUUGAGUACCUCCGCCUCACCAGCUUAGGAGUCAUUGGUGCUUUGGUGAAAACAGAUGAGCAGGAAGUGAUCAACUUCCUGUUGACCACAGAGAUCAUUCCCUUGUGCCUUCGGAUCAUGGAGUCUGGCAGUGAGCUCUCCAAAACGGUUGCAACCUUCAUACUACAGAAGAUUCUCCUAGAUGACACAGGGCUGGCCUACAUCUGUCAAACAUAUGAGCGCUUUUCCCACGUUGCCAUGAUUCUCGGUAAAAUGGUCCUCCAGCUGUCCAAAGAACCAUCAGCCCGCCUGCUCAAACAUGUAGUUCGCUGUUACUUACGCCUGUCUGACAACUCCAGGGCCAGAGAAGCUUUGCGGCAGUGCCUCCCUGACCAGCUUAAAGACACCACCUUUGCACAGGUCCUUAAGGAUGACACCACCACCAAACGUUGGCUGGCCCAGCUGGUGAAGAACCUGCAGGAGGGUCAGGUCACUGACCCUCGAGGCAUCCCUCUCCCCCCACAAUGACUCCCCCUGCUCUUCACCGACUCAGAGGAACACCAGCAAGGAACUGCCCAACAGAUAACGAGCCUUCAAUCAUGGACAUAGAUGACACUGUUUUUAUGAAAGACUUUCAAGGCUCCUCUUUCAUUGUUUUUCUGUUCAGGUUUGUAAGCAAGUUGUUUGAGCUGUGUCCACGGAUCCACGGUUUCAAAACAUUCACAUUCGUUUUCUCACCAUGCAACUGAUUAACAGAUGUAAAAAUAAAAUGUUGCUCAGCAUAUAA